AUGAAGUCCUCUGUCUCAGCCCUGACACUGCUGUUCCUUGGAACAUUACAAGUCAGUUUUGCUCAACCGACAGGAAUUGUAAACUGUAAUGGCACAGAGAAUGGCCCUAAGCCAGAGAAGCACGGAAACGAUAUACUCGCAAGCUUCCCCCAACCAGCAGGCGACCUGUGCAACGACCAACUGAAAGGUGUUACAGUCGAGUUCAUCCCUACUGGACCAGGGGGCUUUCGAAUUGACAACGUCCCACCUGCGUGCAUGACUCUUGCAACCCUGUUCCUCGAGGGUCCUGGCUCGCCCAGUCCCAUUCCCCUUGGCUCCGCAUCUUUAGGAUUCAGUAAUAUAUCCGAUGAUGGGCUACAACGUCUCCAGGCUAUCCUUGAUGCCCGUACCCAACAGUAG